GUCAUGAUAGGGCAAGUGACCAUAUUGGAAAGAAGUGUGAAAUGGCAUUUGACCAAAUUGGAGAGAAAAUGGAGAAUUGACAGGUGACUAAUAUUUUGAUCCCGAGUACAGCCUGGGGUAGGUGGAUUGGCUAUGCUAAAUUGCCCAUAGGUAUGAAUGAGUGCCUCUGUGUGUGUGUGUGUGUGUGUGUGUGUGUGUGUGUGUGUGUGUGUGUGCAUGGCAUCACAUCCUGUAUGUUUUAGCCCUACUCACCAAGUGUUCCCAGGAUAUGCUCCAGCUCCACCAUGACUCUAAACAGGAUAAAGGGCUGACUGAAGAUGGAGUGAAUGUUUGCUGAAGGUUCGUCUCACUGGAGGGAAAGUCACUGUCGUUUACAUUCUAGGUCCAAGCAUGUCUGAGCUGUUUAUGGAAUGUGAGGAGGAGGAGUUGGAGCCAUGGCAGAGGGCAAUACCAGAAAUCAGUUUGAUUGAUGAUGACGAUGACGAUGAUGAUGAACCGAUAUUUGUAGGGGAAAUCUGCAGCUCCAAGCCAACUCCUAACACCAGAACAGGUGUUGGCCAUCAGCGUAACCAACAAAAUGUCACAUUCCAACGGGUCACUACACUGACUUCACCCCAAAAGUCUGGUCAGCCUCAGAUAAACUCUGCCAAACAGUCUCCUCAAGUCACUGUCCGAGGUUCAUCACAGCCAGUCUUCAUCCCUGUCAGCUCCCAAUCAGCACCACUGCAGGCUGGACCCAGAUUACUAAACACCGUAUCCCCUCAGCCCAUCAUCAUCAAUAAUCAGGGUUAUAUAGUGGCGUCACCACAAAACCUCAAUAAUAAUAACUCAUCGUUUAUCACAACUCAGUAUCCACAAGGAACGUCGUUCACUAUUGUGCCAGCAGGUCAGCCGAUGGUGCAGCAGGUCACUGCACCGCCUAAACCUAUGCCAGGUGUCAUCCACCGGCCCCAAGUGCAGUUAAUCCAAAACAACGUGGUGACACUGUCUAACGUCCAGGGCCCUGCUGACAUUUCCACCCAGUCUCACUCCAGGGCCAGCCCACACUCUAUCCAGCACAGCCCUCAAAGCAAAUCAAGCUCAGUGAGCUCUUCCAAACUCCUCCCACCUACUCUACAAACUGUGAACAAUCGGGAUAAUGGAAAAAUGAAACGUAGCACGCUGCCUGAGUCGAACAACGGCCCUUCUAAAAGAACUAAAAUUGACAUGGAGAACGAGAGCCCCUUGCCUAGGAAGUGUCCCAAAUGUCACAUUCACUUUAACUUGAUGGACCCAUUAAAAACUCACAUGCAGAUCUGCUGCCCAAACUUAGUGGACACGAUCCUUCCUUCAACCUCAAAGACAGAUCGAGGUGCAAUGCCAGUGCGAUUGUAUGAAGCAGAGCGAGGGAAGCUCAUCAUGCUGGUGUCUGAGUUUUACUACGGGAAAUGCGAGGGUGAUCAGUCUGCCGCCCGCGAACAGAAGUCCAACACGACGUUCAAGUGCAACAGCUGUUUGAAAAUCCUCAAGAACAACAUUAGGUUCAUGAAUCACAUGAAGCAUCAUCUGGAGCUGGAGAAGCAGAAUAGCGAGAGUUGGGAGAGUCACACUACGUGUCAGCACUGUUACCGGCAGUAUUCCACUCCGUUCCAGCUGCAGUGCCACAUAGAAAGCGCCCACAGCCCCUACGAGUCCACCACUAAUUGUAAGAUUUGUGAAUUGGCCUUUGAGACAGAACAAGUCCUGUUGGAACACAUGAAGGACAAUCACAAACCAGGAGAGAUGCCGUAUGGCUGUCAGGUCUGCAACUACAGAUCGUCGUUCUUCUCAGAUGUAGAGAACCAUUUCCGCACCGUCCAUGAAAACACUAAAGACCUCCUCUGUCCGUUCUGCCUUAAAGUCCUGCGCAGUGCCCACAUGUACAUGCAGCAUUACAUGAAACACCAGAAAAAAGGAAUUCAGCGCUGUGGAAAGUGCAGAUUGAAUUUUCUCACCUACAAGGAGAAAGUGGAACACAAAGCGCUUCAUCAUCGGACUUAUAAAAAACCAAAAAGCCUUGAAGGACUUCCUCCAGGAACGAAGGUGACAAUUCGAGCUUCGCUCAGUGGAGGAUCUACGAUGUGUCCCUCUGCUCCUGGCAAGUCGUAUGUCAACCUCGUCCCCACGAGCCCCGAGACGGUUAAACCGACUGCUCACAAGUCCAACUCCAACAUAGGAAGGAUAAAGACAAACCAGGGCAAUAAGAACCGCACCUUACCCAACAAAGAGCUCCGAGGCUUGAAACUUACACCAGGAGUGCACAAAUGCAUCGAGUGUCAAAAUGAAGUUACAGAACCGUACAUCCAUUACCCUAUAUCACUGAAAUGUUUUGUAUGCAAGUAUCGGACGAGCUGUCAGAAGGCUUUCAGAAGACAUCGGUUGAGGUUUCACAACAGCUCCUCAAAACUACGAUUGAGCAAGGUGAAUAGGCCUCUGCGUGGUGUACGGAGUCUGACUCUUGUUUGUUUGAACUGUGAGUUCCUGGCCGACGCAUCCGAUGCGAACCGCAUGUGUGAGCACCUAAUCAGCAGACCCAACCAUAGCUGCCAGGUCAUUUUAGAGACAGAUGCAGAUUCAACAGCAGAGAGGUCGACUCUUUCUAACACUGAUAAGGUUGAGGCCCAAAGUCCAAAGGCAGAAGUGAGCGGUUCUGACAGUUCUAUUGAAACCAAAGUUUCCUCGUCACAAGAAUCCUCCAUGAAAUCAGGGCUGAAUGAAAUGGAAUCUCUGAGCAUUGCUAACGUAUGGAGCGAAGGACGUGUCACUGAGCCGGUUAAAAAUGAGGUUACGCCAGAGCAGACUGUUCACCGAGAAGCCGAAGACAAGACGGGACCUGAAAGCGUGGAGCCUACAGCCGACCUACAGAACGGUCCAGUGAGGACAGAACCUGAGAACACUGAUGCUCCCGUCAACCCCUGCAGCCCAAUCGAAAACGGAGGCGGAGUGAGCGCAGACGACUUCCUGAAUAAAGGUGACAAAGCCGAGUCUGUAAGUGUGCACUCCCUGCUGGAGCCUCUCACUCCGUCCAAGGUCCUCGAAGGCGACGAAGCCGAGAAUGGGCCAGAACCCAAGAAAGACCUUUCACCUAACUGUAAAAGAGACAUUGAGGAGGAGGAGCAGGAGGAGGAGCAGGAGGACGAGACCUCAGGCCUGAUAAGCACCUAGAAAACUUUAGCUUCAGAGUAGCAUAGGAUGAGAACACCUCCAUUUUUACUUUUACAUAUUUUUUAAUCUAGUUAUAAAACUUACUUAACGGUUGUUACAUAAUGUAGGACUUCCAGUGAUAUGGAGUGUUCAUCUAUUCGAACUGAAAAGGAAAAAAAAAAUGCUGUUUGUAAUGAAACUUGAAUUGAUGAAGAUUUGAUUGUGUUACUGUGCUCCAGUACAAAGUAUUGCCUUCUAUAAAGAAUCAUUGUCCAUUUCAGAAACGGACUGAGAGACUGUGAAAUGACCUGUUACUAUAGGGAAGCAUUGCUUUUUUUUACUAAUGUAAUACCAUUGACUGACACACAAGGAACCCGAACCUUGGAUUCUAGUUAAGACUGUGUCUCAGUAUUCCACUACGGUGUACUCGACUGAUCAAACAACCCUUCUCAAAAAAAGAGCUUUAUUGUUUCCAGUGUAAAAUAUUCUUUUAUAUUCUUCUUUUAAAUAGGAAAAGGAGGUUGUAUCAGUAUCAGUUACACUGUUCUAGUUAUUCAUGCUGGACAAAGGCUCUGUGGGUUUUAGAGGUAAGGCUCCAUCAAAUGUCUUCACUCAAAAGAAAACAAAUAAAGAAGAACUUUUCUUUUAUUACACGCCUGGCAUUGCUGUGCUGCUUGGUGACUCGUUCGGUUUCUCCUCAGCAGUCCGCUUUUUUUAAAUUUUUAUAAAUAGCAGCAGUGAACUUGAUCUCACUCACUUUCACCGUGAAGCUACACAUGAUCCAGAUGUUCUUUUAGUGAUUGGAGGUCCAUGAGGGAAGUCAAACAAAUGGUUUAUUUGAACAUAAAGACACUUCGGGACGUGCACACUUCAAAAUGACACGGUUUCAAUUUCAGUCGACUUUCAUAGGUACUUUUUUUUUGUUGUUGUUUUGUAUUUUUGUAAAACCGUUUCUAUAUUUCCUUUCAUUAUUAAAUAUUUGACAUAUCCCAUU